AGAAAGAUCAAAUAUCGAAUGUACAUGACGUUUUCAACUCUCUCUCUUUUUUUUUUUUUUUCUAUUCUCAUUGCACAGUUUCGUUGUCCAGACAACUGAAAUAAAUUGUCAUAGGAUUUUUCUUUCUGGGUAGCGGAAGACAGGGUUCCAAAAUUCCCCGUAAUUGAGAAAAAUCUUUGAACGUUUUUUCGGCUCGGCAAUUCGUGAAAAUUUAAAAUAGCAUUUCAAGAUACUGUGUCCUAACGAAGUAAUCAAAAUGGUACGACGUACAAAUAUGAAAUCCACGGCAUUUUGUUACAGAAGCACGUUUCUAUGCCUGUUUUAACAACGUUCGGUUCAAUGCGAGACGAAUUACGUUUAUUUUUCAAGUUUCAAACAAUGCGAGAGAUUUCUUUGAUUACGGCAAGGCUAUUUUUAUUUAAUUGUCAAUCUGUUAACGGAAGUUAUGAAUCUUGCUCUAGCGCGAGUGUAUUUCGAUGCACGUGGGCCAAGCAGGUGUUCAAAUGGGCAACGCUUGCUGGGAGUUGUAUUGUCUCGAACAUGGAAUUCAACCGGAUGGAACGAUACCAUCAGACAAAGUGUCCGGGACAAACGAUUGUUUCAAUACUUUUUUCAACGAAACCAGCUCUGGCAAAAUGGUACCGCGCGCUGUGAUGGUCGACCUAGAGCCCACAGUCGUCGACGAAGUAAGAAUAGGCCGUUACAAGCAAUUGUACCAUCCUGAACAAUUAAUCACGGGCAAAGAAGAUGCCGCGAACAAUUACGCUCGCGGUCAUUAUUCCAUCGGUAGAGAAGUGAUAGACUCUGUAAUGGACCGAGUGAGAAGGUUGACGGAUCAGUGCACUGGACUUCAAGGAUUCUUCGUCUUUCAUUCGUUUGGAGGGGGCACCGGGUCAGGAUUCACCUCGUUACUUAUGCAAAAGCUAUCCGACGAUUACGGGAAAAAGAGCAAGUUAGAAUUUGCCGUAUAUCCGGCGCCGCAAGUAUCUACCGCCGUUGUGGAACCGUACAAUGCAGUUCUCACCACUCACACUACGAUCGGUCAUUCAGACUGCGCGUUUAUGGUGGACAACGAAGCAAUUUAUGAUAUUUGUAGACGGAAGCUCGGCAUCGAACGACCUUCAUACGCGAAUCUGAAUCGUCUUAUCAGUCAAGUGGUGUCGUCGAUAACCGCCUCCCUGAGAUUCGAUGGUGCACUGAAUGUAGACCUAACGGAAUUUCAAACGAACCUAGUGCCGUAUCCUAGGAUUCAUUUUCCACUGGCGACAUAUGCACCGGUGGUGUCAUCGGAUAAAGCCUUUCACGAGGGGAUGUCCGUAGCGGAGAUAACGUCCGAAUGCUUCGAGGCGUCCAAUCAAAUGGUCAAGUGCGAUCCUCGCGAAGGGAAAUACAUGGCAUGUUGCCUGCUUUAUCGCGGGGAAGUGGUGCCAAAGGACGUGAACGCCGCGAUUGCGGCGAUGAAGAGGAAAAGUUGCAUACGCUUUGUUGAUUGGUGUCCGACUGGUUUCAAAGUCGGCAUCAAUUAUCAGCCACCUACCGUUGUGCCUGGUGGAGACCUUGCCAAGGUACAAAGGGCGGUCUCAAUGUUGUCGAACACAACAGCUAUCGAGGAAGCCUGGUCUAAAUUAAAUUAUAAGUUCGAUCUGAUGUAUCACAAGCGAGCAUUCAUUCAUUGGUACGUUGGGGAAGGUAUGGAAGAAGGAGAGUUUGCAGAGGCGCGUGACGAUCUCGCCGCAUUGGAGAGAGAUUACGAGGAAGUCGCACUUGAGUCAUCAACCACACCAGAUGCUUCGUUGGAAUACUAACAGAAAUGCACAUAAUUCGUGCAAGUAUUUCGGCAUUUUCCAGCUACCCAAAGAAAGAAACUGAUAUAUGAUCAAAUUAAUUGUGUGUGCAAACGGAAUCAUAAUUUUAUAUUACGCUUCUGUCUUGUGAUUUAUUUAUUUAUUUUUACCUUUUUAAUAAAAGUAUUUUUUUAUAAAAUAAAUAAAAUAAUA